CUUGACGUCGUGGCUGUCGGUAGCGUCGGUCGGUCGUCGUCGUCGUCGUCGCUUGGUUCAGGCUUUUCACCCCUUUUUGCCCACAUAAGAAGCAUAUUUUUUUGUGUAUAUGUGCAUAUUUACGUACACGGUGGCCCACAUUACUGAAGCUUUGACAAGACCAGCUGAUUUCCGGUUUUUUUUGCUGAUUUGUGUUAGAUUUAAAGCUGCAAGUGUUGUAACAAGUGCAGAUUAUCGCAAUCACAACGAUUGUACUUCUUAAUUGGCUGCACAGUAUCAUACACUGGUACUAAGCGAGAAAAGGGAAAUGCCUUUCUCCAGCAGCAUCAUCCAUUGACAUCAUCCUCAUCAUCAGCCAAGUGCAUCGACGAGAAAGUACAAAAGUAAAGCCAAAAGCCGAUAGUUGCAGUUUGUUCUACUUUUCGCCGAAAGGUUCUGAAACACACGAUCGGAGUUCAAUUAGAUUGGCGGUCGAGGUGUUUUGCUAUUGCUGUUGCUGCUAUACUAUACUUCAAGUGAGCUUGUGAAACUCAGCUUAGACAGACGGGUACCUUACCUGAUUCCCCGCCAUGCACGAUGGCAUCACGGCACGGCACGGUGCCUCGGUGGUCAGCGCCGAUAACGCCACUUCAAACGGGGCCGUUAUCACCAACGGAGGCAUCAGUCGUACCAUUCAGUUCUUCCCCCAUCAGCAGCACGGUAGCAGUGGCAGCAGUUCGCCUUCUCCGCCGUGCUCCACAAACUCAUCCCCGGCCAAGCGGUGCCCUUCUAAGCCGGCUUCCCCGUCACACCACGCGCCCUGUAACGGCGAGUUCAAACUUUGCAGCUACGACGACAAGGAAGACUGCGCCGGCUCGGCCACGACGACCAGCAGCGGAACGUCCCCGGCGGAGGUGUUUGGAGUGUUGGGAUUCUGGCUGAAGCUGCGGCACGACCUCAAGUCCCUGCCCUGGGAGCAGCUGAAGGCGGUCAAGAUGAAGAACGCGCGCGCCGCACCCGGAUGUGCCUACAUUCCGACCGAGGUCGAACACAUCGCCAACGUGCUCACGCACGGCUUCUGGGUGCUUCCAUCGGCGUACGGCGGAGUUAAUCUUUUCUUGCGCAGUUACACCUCGGCUCAACUGCUGGCGGCAAUCAUCUACGGCGUCGCCCUCUCGAUGCUGUUCUUCGUGUCAACGUUCUUCCACUGUGUGUUCUACUGCAACCGGAAUCGCCCGCUGAAGGACGUUCUCCACCGGUGCGAUCGGGCCAUGAUUUACAUCUUUAUCGCUGGCAGUUACUAUCCGUGGCUGAGUUUGGGCCACACGACCCACCCGCAGAUUGUGUCCGUCAUCAAGUGGUGCGUCUGGGUGCUGGCCAUCAUGGGCAUCAUUUACCAGCAGAUGUUUCACGAGCGGUUCAAAAGUCUGGAGACGUUCUUCUAUCUGGUCAUCGGGCUCGGCCCGUCGCUGGUCAUAAUCUUCUGGGGUCACGAGUUCACCGGGAUGGCCGAGCUGAAGAUUGGGGGCUUGCUGUACAUCGUCGGGAUUGUGUUUUUCAAGUGUGACGGAGUGUUUCCGUUUGCGCAUGCAAUCUGGCAUUUAUUCGUGGUUUUUGCGGCUGCCGUGCACUAUUUUGCCAUCCUUAACCAUCUGUACCCGGUGGAGUCGACGGCCACCUAGGAAGAUGCAGCGACGAAAGCACUGGUGGGCAAUGUAAACUAGUGAAAACAGUGAUAUUACAAGUAGCAACUAUAAUAUGGAAUGCUAGGUACCGUGAAGGCAGUUGAUUUGUGUAGAUUAUUUUGUCAAAGUUCCGUUCUCUGUUUCAAGAGAAUAUGUUGUUAGAACUCAGCAUAGACCCCAGGUAUACAGCUCAGACUCAUUCACCGUUAGGUUUUCGUUUGCAUGCUAGGUUUCGUUACCGAAUAGUUGUCGAUCCAAUUAUUAGUUAAGUAGCCACCAACAGCUCGAAUUUAUUUUGAAUAGUGACAAGAGUUUAGUUUUAAAGGUUUAUUUGUGAUAUUGCUUAUUAAUUUGGAACGGAUGUAUUUUAAGUUUAAUGUAGGUUCAAAACUAAACUAGGAAUUGAGACAUUCAUUGAACAAUCAUCUUAAUACUCAUUUUGUAGCAUACUACGCACAUUCAAAAUACAGUUAAAACAUAUACAAGCACCGAUAUAGUUCCCAUCUAUUGAUACUUGCAUAAUAAAAGUUAACAUACUCAUUUACUCAAAACAGAAACAAAACUGUGCAACUAAACCACCUAGAAACUUUUAUCUGAAAGAUUCAAAAUCAUGUUAGUAUCUGUCGAUUACGGAAAAAAGUAUAACAAAUAAAUAAUUAUAUUUGAUAAUUGUCAAAAUCAGCGGGUUACAGUUAGAACUAAACUUAACUAGCAGAAGAUGCACCUAUUCAUGAGUUUCAAUGUGUGGAUUUUAUAAUGUAUAUGAUUUUGAUUUCAGCAAUAAGAUUAAUAUUCUUUUUUUGUUUGAAUUAUAACUUUUUUGGUGUUCUGAUUUUUAGGAAAUGUCACAUUGUUGACGAAAAUUGUUUCAAAGUUGGUGUCAGACUAUUAAUUUGUUUUAUUUACGAGGAAAUAAAUUAAAAUACACUUAUUUCAAGUAUCCUUUCAUUAUCAGUCUAGACUGGAUUACUAGAAGAAAUGAUGUUUUUUUUCACUGUAUUUUUUUGGGUCUUCUUUAAAUGUUCCAAAGUUUCAAGAUUGCUCGAUGGACUGUUCAAAUUUCAUAUUUAUUAGUUAAUAAAACAGGAAAUCAGUCACUCAAAAUUGACUUAUUUUGGUUCUCUGAACUCGAUUUAAAAAAUUAGGAAAAAAAUUGCCGGAGACCCGAGUUAUAAUUAAAAACUAACUUAAUCCACUUAUUUCGUUGGUACCUUCCUCACUCUUAACGAACGAUGGGCGAUAUGACGGAUUUGGACACAAA